AGCUUUGAUUGGCAGAUGAUAGCAGCUGCGGAGUUGUGGAGUCAUGGCGGAGCUCCGCCGCGCCUCAGAUCAUCGGAGUUACGGAGAUAAUUUGUGAUAAACUGUCAAAGUUUAGAACAAAUCUAAAAUGAUCGAAAGCGAUUUAAAGUUACGAGCGGCGUCAGACUAACGUCAAACGAUCUGAAACCGAGAGCUGGCAAAGAUGUGAGACUCUCCGGAGCCGAAGAAGAAGGGGAAAAAAACCGUUGGAGUCUCCCAAAGUCGCAAAUAUGGCUUCUCGUUUCUUUCCAUUUCACACAAAAAACUCUUUAACAGGAGCUUCGUUGUUUUCCGCGCUUUGUGUCGCUCUGUAGCGGCCGGACCGGCUGUGAUGGAUCCCAAGCACAAAGAGUUGUUAGAGCAGUGCCAGCAAAAGUUGUCGGAGUCCGUGACAGAUGUGGACCGGGUCCUGGAGCUGCUGGCCCAGUCAGGCAGCCUGAGCCCGGCCGAGCGCGCGGAGCUCGACACCAGCUGCUCCGGCAGCGCAGAGAAGGUCCUGCUGCUCCUCAAGACGCUGCUGGAGAAGAAGGACCGGGACCACUUCCAGGAGUUCUGCUGGGCUCUGGAGAAGACCCAGCCGGUGCUGCUCGGCGCUCUGCUGCCGGCGGAGAACCACCACAACACGGGUUCCACGUGCAGCGUUCUGUCUGCGAUGCCGUCGGAUUCGGAGAGCAGCAGUUCUCUCAGCAGCGUCGCAUCCUCGCCCCCUCCUGCACACCUGGACAAGCAUCUGAUGAGCGAGAAACUGGAGACGGUGAUCUUCCAGCUCAGACAGGUGACCCGCGAACGAGACGACCUGCGCAAGCGACUGGCCCUCUCCUCGCCCGGCACCACCUUCGAUGACUGCAGGCCGAGUGUGAAGCCGGGUCACGAUUACGAGCGUCUGAAGCUGCAGUGCAUGAAGGCCAUGUCAGACCUGCAGUCUCUGCAGAACCAGCACACCAAAACCCUGAAGAGAUGCGAGGAGGCCGUGAGAGACGCCGAUUACUACCACACUCUUCACGGGCGUGCGGUCGGUGAACAGACGCAGCUGCGGGACGAGAUGGAGGCCAUGACGCAGAACUACUCUCAGCUCCUCCAGCAGCACUCACAGCUGCAGCAGACCUGCGACGAGCUGCGCCGGAUCCAUGACAGCGACCAGCGCGAGGUGGCAGACAUGCGCCUGCAGCAGCAACAGGUCAUGAGGGAGAACGGCUCCUCCGACCUGCUGAAUAAACUGUACGACACGGCCUUAAACAAGCUGGAGGGGAUGAAGAAAGAGUACGACGCCCUGAGGAUACGAUACAAUGAGAAAACGGCGAGCCACAACGCCGAUCUGAGCCGCCUGGAGCAGAUGGAGGAGGAGAACCGGCGUCUGCAGAAACAGCUGGACGUUCUGCUGAAGCAGAGAGACUCGGCGCUACACUUCCAGCAGCAGUACAGCGGCUCCGUCAGGAGGUUCGAGGGUCUCCAGCAGGAGCUGAAUAAGGCGUCCGCUCGGAACGAGGAGCUGCAGAGAGAAACCGAUCGGCUGCAGAUGGAGAACACGCGAUAUAAGACCCUGCAGCUGAAGGCCGUGAAGGACGGAGAGAAGCUGAAGGAGGAGAGAGACUCGGUGCUAAACGAAUACAGGCUGAUCAUGAGCGAGAGAGAUCAGGUCAUCAAGGAGGUGGACAAACUGCAGACCGGACUGGAGGUGGCCGAAGCCAAACUCAAGAACACAUCUAGCGAGAGGAGGGUCGCCGGCGAGGAGAUGGAGGCUCUCAGACAGGAGCUGAACUCGGCUCUGCUGGACCGGGACCGUGCGAUCCGAGAGAAGACCGAGCUGCUGGAGAAAUACUGUCACGAGGUGCAGGACAAGGCCGAGACGCAGAAGGAGCUGAGCCAGGCCUGUAAGGACAUCGAGAUGGUGCGAGAGGAGCGCGACGUGGCCCGUAAAGAGCGAACGGAGGCCAUCAUCCAGAGAGACCAGCUCCUGAGGGAGUAUUAUCAGGCCAGACAGAAGCAGGACAGUGCGACGCUGGACAUGGAGCGUGUCAGUAAGGAGCUGGAGGUGCUGAGGAAGCAGUGCGAGGCCGUUUCGGAGGAGCUCCAGGAGUCUGUGCAGGAGGCAGAGGUGGCUAAGUGCCGCAGAGACUGGGCCUUUCAAGAGAGAGACAAGAUCGUGGCAGAGAGAGAGAGCAUACGGACGUUGUGUGAUAAGCUGCGUCGUGAGAGGGACCGGGCCGUGAGCGAUCUCGCCGACGCUCUGAGAAACCUGGACGAUCUGCGCAAACAGAAGAACGACGCGGUGCGGGAACUGAAGGAGCUCAAGGAAUGCAUGGAGGAGCAGCUGGAGAAGGAGGCACGUUUCCGCCACCUGAUGGCCCACAAUUCCCACGACUCAGCGAUCGAUACGGACUCUCUGGAGUGGGAGACGGAGACGGUGGAGUUUGAGAGGAGUACGGACCACGUGGAUUUGAGCGCUCUGGGUUUUGAUAUCGCAGAGGGAGUGAGCGACCCGUAUCUACCCGGGGAUUAUGGGAUAUUCGUGAGCAAGGUGGACAAAGGAAGUGUUGCGGAGGGCAGGUUGAGAGUGAACGAUUGGUUGUUGAAGAUAAAUGACGUGGAUCUGGCCAAUAAGGACAGGAAGCAGGUCAUAAAGGCGGUGUUCAGCGGGGGCGGAGUCAUCAACAUGGUGGUGCGCAGGAGGAAGUCUCUGGGAGGACGGAUGGUCACUUCUGUUCAUCUGACGCUGGCGGGACAUAAAGAUUGUGGUGUUGGGUUGGAGAGCGGCGUGUUUGUGUCGUCUGUUUCUCCAGGCUGUCCCGCGGCCAGAGACGGUUCGGUGUGUCCCGGCGACCGGCUUCUCAAUAUAAACGGGAUUUCACUGGAUAAUAAAUCAGUGAGCGAAUGUGAGAAUCUGCUGCGGAGCUGCAGAGACUCGGUUUCUCUUUCCCCUCUUUGGGAAUUUGAGAAGCUCGUUUCGUUCCCAAUGCGAGAGUCUGUCGGGUCCCAGAUAGUACGUAACUGGAAGCACUGCGAAAGCCAACGCGAGCUACCGAGUGAAGCAGAAACUACAUCUUCGCUCAUUGAGCCCGCGGCUCAGCGGCGGGAACAGCUGGAGCGCUCCGAGAACUACUGCCCGCAUCCCGCCUCCAAACGAGCCCCUCACCUUUCACCCCGUUUCCCCGCGGCGACCUGCAUGACCGUGGAGAUGAGUCAGGAGACGAUGCAAUCUCCGCAGAAAAGCAAAUACAAGCAGCGGCACUUCGGCCCAACAAUUGACCCCCAAAGAAGCGGACCAAGUCGUAUAUUUGACAAGACGGACGUGUUCAAGCGUCCGGAGACGCCGUCCAAGCUGGACUACCUCAGUCUGUCCCAGAUGCCCAAACAUUCCCCGCAGAACCCGCCCGAGCCUCCCAAACGCAGCGACUCAUUCAAGUUCAAACACAGAGCGCAGGGAAGCUCCGCCUCCGAUUCGACCAUCACCACCGGCUCGCCCCCGGCCACGCCCAUUCAGACCACCCCUGGAGACAAAACCAGUCCUGAUUUUGAAAACCAAGAUCGUAAUGGGAAUGUGCUUCAGAGACAGGGCUCUGGCGGCGGCGGCGGCGGCGGCGGGACGUUUGUGGAGGAAGUGCCUGGACAGGGCGCAGAUGAUCUGGAGAUGAGGAGAGGAAGGCCAAAGUCUGCACCUGCCCAGCGCCGCAGCCUCACGCCACUGAAGAUGCCGUUUUCACAGAGCUUCUCUCAUGAUGAACACUCUCCUGAGCCUGUGGAUCUGGUUCGGUUUUCUCCUUUCCGUUUAAAUCGUCACAGCUUCUCGCCUGUACAAGCACACACGGCUCCCAGAACGCUGUCUUCAUACCCCGCUGUGACCGCAGUGAUGAGGAACCCGGUGUACACGGCCUGGAGUCACUGCGUCAAAACCACCAGCUCUGCUUCAGUCCCAGCACACACAUACACUCAAGUCAGUCCGCAGCACCAGGGCCGAUGGAGUGUGGAUCUCAACCACAAGCGCUCCGCUGAGCUCUUUGACGGCUCCCGCGGUUCGGUUCAGCACAACACCAACUCCCUGCCCUCCAGCGCCAGACAGGGUUUGUCUCAGUACCGCGAGCAGCGCAUUAAGAUUCCCUCGACCCCUCGCUACGCGCGGUCCGCUCACGGCUCUGAUAGAGGAUCACUGUCUCACUCGGACUGCAGCAGCCCCAGUCUGAUAACUCCGCCCCUCUCUCCUCUGGACGCCGCCUCCUUCACCAGCAGCCAAUCACAGGGCUCCAUCUCCGCCCAGACCAGGCUGUCAGUCAGCCCUGUGCCAAUAGACAGGAGGAGGGACAGAUGUGCGUUGCGUAACAGAUCUUACCUGAAGCUUUCUCGAGCUCAGAGAUCGUGGUUUGCCUCUGUACGGACUCUGAGGCCAUACAUAGAAGAGCCUCGGUGUGUCACUAUUCCCAAAGGGGCGGAGCCUCUGGGCAUCUCUAUAGUGGGCGGGGAGAAUGGCGGCAUCUUUGUUUCCAAGGUAACGGGAGGCAGCAUCGCUCAGCAGCACCACCUGGAGUUUGGAGAUCAGCUGCUGGAGUUUAACGGCAUUAAUCUCAGGAACGCCACGGAGCAGCAGGCCAGACUCAUCAUUGGGCAGCAGUGUGACACCAUCACCAUACUGGCACAGUACAACCCACACAUGCACCAGCUGGGCAAUCACUCGCGCUCGAGCUCCCGGAUGGAGUCGUCUGUAAGCUCUCACUCGACGCCCGACACGCACUCCAACAUCGACACGCUCAGCGAACAGGACGAGGGCACCAUGACUCCGCCCUCCAAACAGGCCACGCCCACAGCCAGCCCUCACAGGGAUCGGAGCGAGGGCAGGAAGCAGGCGGAGCCGAGGCUGGUGGUGCUGAGGAAGACUCCGGUGGAUCUGGGGCUGAAGAUCUGUGGAGGAAACCUGACGGGGGUUUUCGUGGAGGCUCUGGAAGAGGACGGUCCCGCUCGAGGAGCCGACGGCCUGCAGCCCGGAGACCUGAUCCUGGAGUGUAACUCGGUGAGUUUGAAGAAAAAGACCGCCGAGGAGGUGUAUCUAGAGAUGCUGAAACCCUCGGAGAACGUCACGCUCAGAGUCCAGUACCGCCCCGAACACUUCAGGAGGGUCAAAGACGCACCUGCAGACGGGUUUUACAUCCGGGCGCUGUUUGAUCAUGUCGGUGAUUUGGAGCAGGAGCUGAGUUUCAAGAAAGGAUAAUUUCUCUACGUCUACGUGGACGACACGCUGCCUGGGGGGAGUUUGGGCUACUGGUUGGCAUGGCAACUGGACGAGAACGCACAGAAGCUGGUGCGCGGACACGUACCCAGCAAGUGCAUGAUGGAUCAAGAUUCCCAGCGGCGGUACAGCAUCACAGACAGUAAGGACGACAGCGGUUCUGGUAAAACUCUCUCGGCUGCGGCGCGCCGUUCCUUCUUCCGCCGUAAACUCAAACACAAACGCAGCAGCUCCAAAGACGGGCGUGAUGCUCCGGCGGCAGACGCCCUCAGCACUGACUCCAUGCCCUUCAUGGACGACUGUCUGAGUCCGGCGUAUCAGCGCGUGCUGAAAGUAGAAUCGACCAAUCGCAGGCCGGUGCUGAUACUGGGGCCCCUCGUCGAGCCAAUCAAAGACAUGUUGCUCCGAGAGGCUCCUGGGAAAUACUGCCGCUGUUUACCUGAGGGGAUGAAGGCGACGCAGCAGGCCAUCGGGGGAUGAGUGAGAGACUGUAUGUUAUCGAGCGAGGCGUGAAGGAGUGUCUAUUUUGAUGUGAUGACGGUGGCGUCCAUUAAGGAAAUCACAGAGAAGGACUGUCAUUGUCUGCUGGACAUCGCUCCUCACGCCAUCGAGCGCCUGCACAUCGUCAACAUUUACCCCAUCGUCAUAUUCAUACGAUACAGAAACGCAAAGCAGAUCAAGGAGCAGAAAGACCCUGUGUAUCUGCGAGACAAAGUGUCCCAAAAACAUUCCAAAGAGCAGUUUGAGUCUGCGCAGAGGAUCGAACAAGACUACAGCAAAUAUUUCACAGGCGUCGUCCCGGCCGGCAGUCUGUCCAGCAUAUGCUCUCAGAUCAUGGCCAUCGUGGACCAGGAGCAGAACAAAGUGCUUUGGAUUCCUGAUGGAAGCAUUUGAUGUGUUCA